AUGGAUGUGUUCACAACUACAUCAGAGACCAACUUCACUCCAGAAGAGCGGGCGAUCAUCAAGAGGACUGAGGCCUCCAAGGUGUACACAGACAAUCGCUAUGAAGUUUCGAUUCCGUGGGUUGGCGACACCCCUGACUUACCAAACAACUUUCAGGAAGCUCGGCGCCGCCUGUUGUCUAUAGAGCGUACUCUCCUCAAGAAACCACACUUAGCCGAAAAGUACUGCGACGGGAUGAGGCAGAAUAUCCAGAAGGGGUAUCUGCAAGAGAUUGAAGCUGCUAAUGCCGAAGGGGGUUGGUAUUUGCCACAUUUCCCAUUCGUACGGGAGGAUAAAGAGACUACAAAGGUCCGAAUCGUCUUCGACUCAGCCGCCAAGUGCCAGGGGGUCUCACUCAACGAUGCGAUGUUGGCAGGACCCAAGCUGCAGCGAGACAUUUUUGACAUUUUAGCACGGUUUCGACGAGGUCCAGUGGGGCUGAUUGGAGAUAUCAAGGAGAUGUUCAGCCAGGUGAUGUUGAACCCUAAGGAUCGGGCGUAUCAUCGAAAUUUAUGGAGAGAUUUGGACUUGACAGCUCCCAUCAAGAUCUACGAGUCAACUCGAGUGACUUUCGGAGACAAGGCGUCUCCUUUUUUGGCCCAGUAUGUCCUGCAGAGUCACGCACGAGCUCAUCAAGAUGAGUACCCAGAGGGAGCCAGAGUGUGUCAGGAGAAUACUUAUAUGGAUGACGCCAUUGACUCUCAACCAGACACCGCUGCCACUAUCAAGUUGAGAUGUGAGCUGAGCGCCCUUUUGCUUAAGGCAGGGUUUUUCAUCCGCCGUUGGUGUAGUAAUGAGUCAGGAGUAUUGGAGGGUGUACCCCGUGAGGACUGUGCAGCAGGCAUUGUGGACUUGCAGGACUCCACUUUGAUGCCGAGCGUUAAGACACUGGGAAUCAAGUGGAACGCAGCGACAGAUAUGUUAGAGUUCUCCACCCAAAACAUCGCGCCACCGGCAGUAAUGACUAAGAGAACACUCUUGAGUCGUGUUGCUACGUUGUUCGACCCUUUGCAAUGGCUGUCACCCUUCACCAUUCGUGUCAAGAUCGUUCUUCAGCAGUCAUGGGUGCUUGGACUGACGUGGGAUGAGCCCCUUCCCUCAGGAAUUAUUGCUGAAGCCAGAGAUUGGUUUGCUGAGCUGAAGAAGAUCGAAGGCAUCUCAAUACCGAGGUGCUACUUCCGCACACAGCCUGACAGCGAGAUUACUCUUCAUACCUUCAGUGAUGCCUCUUCAAAAGCAUAUGCCGCCGUCACGUACAUCCGUCAGCAGAAGGCAGAUGGCGGGGUGAACCUUGCGUUGGUGGCGUCAAAGGCUAGGGUCGCUCCAUUGAAGACAGUGAGCAUCCCAAGACUGGAAUUAAUGGCAGCUGUUCUCGGUCAUCGUCUCACCCAGAAUAUAACCACCGUUUUGAAGUAUUCUAUGAUGAACGUGACGUAUUGGACUGACAGUAUGGAUGUGGUGCACUGGGUUCGCAGCCAGUCACGUCAGUUCAAAACAUUUGUAGCCAACAGAGUAUCAGACUUGCAAUCCGAUACCCUGCCGAGUCAAUGGCGGUUCGUACCUGGAGUGUUGAACCCGGCAGACGUAGCGACCAGGGGCAUGACAGCAAGGGAGUUCACUUCCAAGAAUGUAUGGUUUGACGGACCCGACUUUUUGUAUGCGGAUGAGGAUUGCUGGCCGGAAACCCCGAUGGGAACCAAGAGUGCAGAGGCGGAGGGAGAGACUUCUAGAUCCUAUGUUCACGUUACCGUGUCUGGAUCGGAGCGCACGAUGGCGGUACAGAGAGAGAGUUUUACGGAAACGAUAGAGGCCCUGAGAUCAGGACAGGGUUGCCGACGGAGUCGUCUACAGAAUUUGUCUCCGUUUCUGGAUGAGAAUGGUAUCUUGAGAGUUGGCGGCAGACUUCAGCACUCGUCAUUGCCGUAUGAUGCACGUCAUCCGAUCAUUCUUCCAAGCCAGCAUCACUUGUCAACCUUGAUCAUUCGACGAGCCCAUUCAACUGCCGGACAUUCCAGAGCGGUGAACGCUGUCUUGGCUGAGAUCCGCCAGCGUUUCUGGAUUGUUCAGGGGCGGGAGAUGGUGAAGAGGGUAGCAUACGAAUGCUUUUUCUGUCGACGACGUAAGGGAUCACAUGCCUCCCAGAUCAUGGCACCGCUGCCCACGUCACGUGUGAUGCAGUCUUUGCGAGCCUUCAGUUACUGCGGCGUGGACUACGCUGGGCCAUUUAUCACCAAGAUCACUCGGAGAGUUACUGCCAAGAGGUACCUAUGUCUUUUCACCUGUAUGCAGACACGUGGAGUUCAUUUGGAGAUGGCGUACUCCAUGGAGACGGAUGGGUUUCUUCUCGCCUUUUCACGAAUGGUUGCACGCCGGGGAAAGCCAGCAGAGGUAGUCAGUGACAACGGCAGCAAUUUUGUUGGAGCAGAGCGAGUCCUUCGAGAGUUAGUUCAAGGGUUGGAACGAGAACGAAUCCUAGAGUCCGCAACCAAUCAGGGCAUCAAGUGGAGGUUUAACCCGCCAUACGGGUCACACCAUGGUGGUGUGUUCGAAUCACUUAUUAAGUCUGCCAAGCGGUCACUUUACGCAAUUUUUGGUGAAGCCCACCUUACUGAUGAGGAACUACUGACGGCGAUCGUGGAGGUGGAGGGGCUCUUAAACUCUCGCCCCCUGGCAUACUGCAGUUCCGACCCAUGUGAUGAGGAGGUGUUAACACCAAACCAUUUUCUGGUUGGGCAGUGUGGCGGUCCUCUACCGCCUCAACGAAUAGAGGAACUGCCGUUAAACCCGAGGAAUCGUUGGCGAGUCGUUCAAAGUUUGCUGGGCAAGUUUUGGACACGAUGGUCCAAGGAGUACCUAUCCAUCCAGCAGCCAAGAGGGAAAUAG